GCCUGGCAAGGAGUUGGCAGAGUUCUCCCAACUGUCCGUCACUUCAGCCCCGGUCCGGUCCUUCUGUCAGAGGUGUCGGCUAUGGACAAACUCAGGGCUGUACUGGGUGGUCGCGAUGGCCAGGGGGAUAACAGAACUAUUGUUGAGGCAGCGAAUGAAGCGUCCACUCUCGGAUGGGGAACGCGCGUUAAAGGAUUCAUCGCCUGCAUGGUCGUUGGAGUUGGGUGCACGGUUCUGGGGGUGUGUUGCUUAUUUAUUCCCAAGCUAGGCCUGAUUCUGUUCAUCGCCUUCUACUCCUUUGGAAAUGUUUGCUCCCUUGCAAGCACCAUGUUCCUGAUGGGCCCAAUGAAGCAGCUGAAGAGGAUGUGUGAUAAGACACGCUUCUUCGCCACUGCAGUCAUGAUCACUUGUUUAGUGCUGACCCUCUGUGCAGUCUUCUGGUGGAAAAUCUUUAUUCUUGCUCUGUUGUUUGUCAUUCUGCAGUCUAUUGCAUUUGCCUGGUAUGGCUUGUCAUAUAUUCCAUUUGCAAGGGAUGCAAUACUGAAGUUUUUGUCCAUGAUGUGCCGAAUGUGUGUCAAAAAGGUUGAAGGACAGUGACGGAUUCAGCCAUAACACUGAGCUCUUGAGUUUACACUCCUCUGUGAAACACCUGCUUAGAUACUGUUACAUUUGAUUUCAUGACUGGUCUUUUGGCAGGGCUGUGUACAGUAUUUGAUAUGCAUGAAAUCACAAGCUAUGAAGAGUUUAUAUAUGUAAUAUGUGGUGUUUGAAUUGUACAUUUUAUUGUUAUUUUGCAGAGUUCUUUUUAAUAUAUUGAUAUUGAUAUAUUGGCCUUAUUGAAAAAUUUAAAAUAGUGUGUUUUUAAUUGUAAAUGUAUAAGAGAAUGGUCAUAUUAAAAUUGGUUACACACUGAUACUUGUAUGAAAUUAUUUUUAUGUGAAUAUUAAUAAAGCUGGAUAAUAAAGCUUUGUGAAUCUUUGUUGUUGUACUGAA